AUGCUAAAUUUUUUCCACACAUCUGAUGCCGCGUUACGGGGAACCCGGAUCCCAAGAAUUUCGAAUUCUUCGGGUCUAGAUCAAAACCAAGAUCAAGAUCAAAUGGGGGAGGAGGAGAAGAAUAAGGAGGAUACUCUGGGAAAUUUGAUGACGAAUAUUAGAGAGGAGGUUGAGAUGAGCUUAGAGGGGGUGAGGAGGAAAUUGAAUGGGGUAAAGGAGAUUUUGGGGAUGAUGGAGAGUUUGUGUAGGGGUGCGUUGGGUGAGGAGUUGGAGGGGAGGGUGGAAGAUGGGGAGGAUGAGGGGGAUGAGGGGGAUGAGGGGGAGGAGGUGGAGGAAGAGGAGGAGGAGGAGGAGGAGGAGAUGAAUGAGGAGGAGGAGAUGGAGAGGUGGUAUUGGAUAAGUUGA